AUGAUGCUCCUACUGUUCAUCAACUUUGAAAACCUACUAACAUCUUCGAACAUCAGUCCUCCAGAUUUCCCGCCCCCUCGACAAGUAACACUUGUCCAGUACAUCAACCGCAACAGGCGAGUAGCCCCUCUACGGCAGUUUGAUCGUUUACGCGCGUGCGCCACUGGAUUCUCAAGCCUUCUCACUGACAGUUCGCAGUCGCCACCACGGAAAAUCUCGAUCGCAAUGAGUUUCCGACAGGCUGCCAGAGACGUGCUGCCCUACAGCCCCAAGCACGUGUCCACACUUCUCCGCCGUGAUAUCAAGGACCUGAAGACCAAGUUCGUCGGCAAGGUCAAGUCGAUGUUCAAAUGCAAGACCGCGCGCACUUCGACUUCAGCAGAGAAACGGGCGGGCGAAGAGGCCAACACCCUUCAGAACGUCAGUACAGAGACCAGCAUCACGAAGCCAGAGGAGGUCGAGCCUGUCCGUGAGCCCACUUUGGCAACCGAGGAGGAAGAAGGCAUCGAGACCCUUUACACCACCCUGGAAGAGAACCUACAAGUCUUGAAGGAAUCCCGCGACAAGGAUGCGCCCGCCGACGAGCGUUGGCACUUCCGCGGCUGCUGGCUGCUCCUAUACACGGCGAUGCUGUAUUGCCCAUCCAACCCUUUCUACGAGGCUCUUGGGUGCGGCAAGACAGCAUCUGCCGAUGCUGCAGUUCGCGCCAAGAUACUCGAGCCCACUACGGUCUUCAGCUCGCACGUCUCGCACCGUUGCGACGAGGUCCUCGACACUGUCAUGUUCCUCCCGGAGCACUGGUGGAUUGCCAUCUGGGAAGCCACGACAAGCCAUGCUCAGGCUGUGUUUGUCGCCGAGGCGCUCCUGCGUCAUAUCUGGCCUGAGAACGACGCAGCUAUGAUGCUGAAGCUCAUUGGCAAUCCUUACGAGACACUCUUCGAGUUUGAUGCCGCUGAACUUCAAAGGAGGCUCCAAGUGCUGCUGUUCCCAGAGUUGCAGGCCGCCUUGCACACCCAACUCUAA